AUGUGCCAACGUGACCCAAUGGCGUCAGCACAGCCUUCUGGGAAACCGAGUCCCGUUGGCGCGGAGGCUCCUGGGUGGAGGAGCUCGAGGAAGUUCUCGCGACGCCGGAAGUUGUUACAAGGCGCGAGUGGGAGGAGUUGGGUCUGCGUCUUCCUCUGGGCGGGAGUCGCUUCUGUUAACGCGACGGACGGCAGUCUUGAGAGGGAUGUAGCCAUGGACUUCACCUUGGAGGACUGGGAGCAGCUGGGGCUGGACCAGGGGGACCUGUUCUGGGACACGGCGCUGGACAACUACCAGAACCUUUUCCUGCUGAACCCCUGCAAACCCAAACUGACCUCCUGUCCAGAUGGUGGCGAAGAGCUGGAGGCCGUGGUCAGAGAAAGCCCAGAAUCAGAGGGCCUUGCUCCUUAUGUUUCGCCGCGGGGAACGGGAGACACCUGCACUUACCCUCUCUCGGACAUGGCCGAAGUCAAGAACUGCCCUCUGGCACAAGACUUCUUGGAGGAAGGACUCUCCCAGGAGAUCAUGGAGACUUUGUCCAAGGAUGGCCUCGGGAACUCCAGUCUGGGGAAAGCCUAUGUAGGUGAGAGUUGGUUAGACAGUUUGCUAGGAGAUCCAGAAAGCCUUCUGAAGUCUGACGUUGUUACCAACAAGGGAAGUCCCACAGAAUGCAGGAGUCGCGAACUCCAGAGAGACCCAGGUCCUGAGCCCCUCCUUUCCGUGAGGGAGGAUUCUGUGAUGCGUGAUCUUCCUGAAAAGAGCCCAGCUAAGUCUCAGGAACGUGGGAAAGACUUUGGCUGUGACUUAGACCAGAGCCAGCAGGAUCCUGUCCAGGGAGGCGAGAAACUGUAUAAAUGUAGUGAAUGUGGGGAGAGCUUCAGUCAGAGUUACCAUCUCAUCCAGCACUGGAUUGUUCAUACUAAAGAGAAACCCGCUGUGCACGAAGAGUAUGAGGAAGGUUGCAGCCAGAGGUCUUGCCUCUUUGUGCCCCUGACAACUCACACAGACUACAAAUCCUGUGCGUGUAACGAGGGCGGGAAAACCUGCACUCAGAGCACACACUUUCUGUGGCAUCAGAAAAUUCACACUGGAGAAGAACCACAUAAGAAUCAAGACAGUGACCCUCCGUCAGGUCUCAGCUUACAGCCUGCUGAGCAGCAGAAACCCUAUGCAGGUGAUGAGUCCUACAAAGGUAACGAGCCUGGCGAGGGUUUCAGCCAAACCUUUCACCUCACCCAGCAUCAGCAGACCCACACUCAGAAACGCUAUGAAUGUGCCAAAUGCAAGGCGACCUUCAACUUCAGCAAAUACCUCCUCCAACAUCAAAAAACCCAUGCUACGAAAACUACCUCUGAGCAUCAGGAAUGCGGGAAGGCCUUCGGGCAGAGCAUGCUGCUCGCUGAACACCAGUCCAUUCACACCGGAGAAAAGCCUUACGAGUGUGAUCAGUGUGGGAGGCCCUUCAGGAAUAUCUCGACCCUAAAGGUCCACCAGAGGGUUCACAGUGGAGAGAAGCCUUACAAAUGCAAUGAGUGUGGGAAAUCCUUCUACCGGAGCACUCACCUUAAUGAACAUCAGAGGAUUCACACCGGCUACAGGCCCUACAAGUGUCAUCAGUGCAUCAAGAGUUUCAGCCGGCCCUCCCACCUGAUUCGACACCAGUCUGUUCACGCCACAGGCGAGUCCUACUGCUGUGCCAGAUGCAAGAAAACCUUCAGCCAUAAUGAAUACCUUGUUCAACACCAGAAAAUGCAUGCUAUGGAGACCCUCCACGAGUGUCAGGAGUGUGGCGAGCGCUUCUUCUGCAGCUCGACCCUAGCAUGCCACCAGAGUGUUCACGCCAGAGAAAAACAAGCACUUGGCGAGAGCGGGAGUAUCUUGAGUCAGGACUCAGAAUGGAGAGAACAUCCAGGGGUUGGCGAGAAGCACUUUAAGUGUAGCAAAUGCGAGAAAACCUUCAGCUGCAGCAAAUAUCUGACUCAGCACGAGAGGGUUCACACCAGAGUGAAACCCUUUGAGUGUGACCAGUGUGGAAAAGCCUUUAGCAAAAGUACACAGCUCCUUCGCCACCAGAACAUCCACUCUCGAGUGAGGCCGUAUGAAUGUAGGGACUGCGGGAAGGCCUUCAUCCGCAGCACUUCCCUCACCAAACAUCAGGCCACCCACAAGAGUGAGCACCCCUUUACAUGUAAUGAAUGUGGAAAGACCUUCAGCCAAAGUGCACACCUCUCAGAACAUCAGUUAACUCACACUGAGGAGAAGAAACUCUGUAACUAUAGCAAGUGUGACAAAGCCCUUGCCCAAGGUAACUGCCUUACUCAGCAUCAGAGAACUGACGCCGGAAAGAAGUCCUUUGAGUGUGAUGAAUGCGACAAAUCAUUCCAUUUGAGUUCGUGCCUUUCUAAGCAUCAGAGAGAUCACACAGGUGAGAAACCCCACAAAUGCAGUGACUGUGAGAAAACCUUCAGCCUGGGUGCUCAACUUCUUCAACACCGGAGAGUUCACACUGGAGAAAAGCCUUAUGUUUGUCAGAAAUGUGGGAAAGCUUUCAGCCAGAGCUCAUGCCUUUCUGUUCACCAGCGAGUUCACACUGGAGAAAAGCCUUAUGUUUGUCAGGAAUGUGGGAAAGCCUUCAGCCAGAGCUCGUGCCUUUCUGUUCACCGGAGGAUUCACACCGGGGAGAAGCCUUACGUGUGUGCUGAAUGUGGGAAAGCCUUUUCCCAGAAAGCAAAUCUGAUGCAGCAUGAGAGAGUUCACACUGGGGAGAAGCCUUAUGCCUGCAGGGUCUGUGGGAAAGCCUUUGGCCUCAGCGCCCAUCUCAGUCAGCACCAGAGGGUCCACACCCAAGAGAAACAGUAGUAAUGUCAAUAUUGUCAGAAAGCCCUCUGAUGCAGGUCUCAGCAGACAUCAGCAAGUUCAUACUUGAAGGUAACAAGGAGUUACUUAGCAGUAAGUGACAAGUAGCAAUACUACAAGGUCCCAGCAGCAGCAACAGGGUCCCAGACAUCUAAACACAUUCGUCUGGGCCCCAAGGUUGAAACCAUCGCACUGUAGGCUCCUCCGCCACGAAAUAAAUACAUCUCUUUAUUAAUAAGGAGCAAUUAGAAAAUUUGCACACAUGAGUCUCAUGAAAACACAGUAGUGGAGAAGCUGUGUAGAAUGGCAAUUCAGUGGUAGACUUGAGCCAGUCAGCUGAGUUAUACCCCAGCUCUGCCAUGUGCUAUCCGCGGGGAGAGCCAUGGGACUUCCUAGGGCCUCCGUGUCCUCACCUGUAAGAUUGGCACAAUAUGGUUACCUACCUCAGAAGGCUGUUGUGAGGAUAAAUGAAUAGAGAUAAAGGUGCACUUAGAACUUACUGAGUGCCCAGCACAUAGUAAGUACUUACCAAAUGUGAGCUACAAGUACUCACGAGAUACAACAAAUAUAUUUAAAAAAAAAAAAAAAAAGGAAGA